CCCCCGUCCGGCACUCGUCUUAUUCCAUCUUCUGGGUGGCAACGGCCCCCGUCCGGACUUGGAAACGGCAGGACUGUUCCUUGUAGCUUUGUGAACCUCGGCGUCCUGCCCGGGCGUCCCACGCGCCCCGAAGUUACUACUGGUUCUUCGCCAGCGGUUGCAGUGUGCAAGCGCUCAACAUGAGACUCUGGUUGAGCGUCAUCCUCUUCGCCUCGCUGGCGGUCCACCUCUCCGCUAGACCACCAAGAAGGAUAACCCGGCAGUCACGUGGCCGUGGCGGUGGCGGCAGCAGCUACGCGCGGCCUGACGCUGGCGGUGCCGGCGGCGGAGUCGGUGACGUCGACUACGGCGGUCCGGCACCCGGAGUUACCUUUGACGACGACGUCGGACCCGACGUAGACCUACCCGCGCCGGGACCCGGUCCAGGGCCUGGUUAUGCACCCGGUCCCGGACCUGCACCAGGACCUGCACCGAGACCAAGACCGGGACCAGGGCCCGCUCCGGGACCAGGCCCCGCUCCGGGACCAGGCCCUGCUCCAGGUCCAGCUCCUGGACCCGCACCGGGGCCAGCACCCGGAGGUCCUGGUGCCCCAGCACCUGGUGGCGGCUAUGGCGGUGGCGGAGUAGGAGGCGGAGCAGGAGGCGGGGGAGGCGGAGCAGGAGGCGAGGGAGGCGGCCACGAUGACGGCCAGUACCACGGCCAUGACGACCACGGCCAGUGGCGCCUGGAGGACGCCAUUCCCGGCACUCCGGAGACUGACUAUCCGACCUACACCACAAUCCCGCAGACCAGCUUCGACUGCAGCGCGCAGGAGUUUCCGGCCGGGUACUACGCCGACGUCGAAGCGCGGUGCCAGGUGUUCCACAUCUGCCAGUCGGACGGCCGCUCCGACGCCUUCCUUUGCCCCGUGGGAACUAUCUUCAACCAGCGCUAUUUCGUGUGCGACUGGUGGCAGAACGUCAACUGUGACGAAGCGCCCAAUUAUUACAAUCUCAACGGCGACCUCUACAAGCCCGGACCCUCGUGGAGCCCCGACGGCGGCCACGGAUAUGUGCCCCCAGCUCCUGGACCAGCGCCAGGACCUGCUCCAGGUCCUGCCCCGGCUCCGUAUCCCGGCCCUGCUCCCGCUCCUGCCCCAGGUCCAGCUCCAGGGCCGUAUCCAGGCCCUGCUCCCGGUCCAGCGCCAGCACCGUAUCCUGGCCCUACGCCAGGUCCCGCCCCAGCACCGUAUCCUGGCCCUACACCAGGUCCCGCCCCAGCACCGUAUCCGGGCCCUACUCCAGGACCGGCCCCAGGCCCUGCCCCAGCACCGUAUCCUAGUCCGGCUCCCGGCCCUGCCCCACGUCCUUCACCAGCUCCAGCUCCCAGACCAGGUCCGGCACCCGAUUACGGAAGGCCCGAGACGCCUCAACCCGAACCUCCGUCAGACUACGAUCAGGAUGACUACGAUCAACCACCCGCUAGAGGCUACGGUGGAGGAGGCCGAAGGCCGCGAGCCAACUUGGCGCAACCCAGCGACUGGAACGCCGUUUACUACUACGACCAACCUGAGCAGGCAGACCAGGGCCGUUCAGAUGAAAGCGGACAGCACAGCGUGGAAGGAGAGUACCAGGCGUAGGAAGGAGGGAAUUCCGGGUUGUACAGAACAUCUUCAGUUUAGGUUCGAGAGAGUGGGCUGCCUUCUUGAAGGGGCUUGGUCGCAGCUCGCUCGCCUCACGGGUAGUGGCGCUUGAGCAGGAACGGAAUGGCGAACCGGAGUAUUAUAAGACUGAAAACACGUAGCAAAACGCAGCGCCUAAAAUUCGUCUGGGUAUAGUCAACCUGACAUCGUAAGAAAAACUAGAAAAAAAAAAGGUUUGGGGGCAUUGCUGCUAGUACGCGCUUUUUUUUUAAUGUCUCUUGCGUUUUAAGGUAGAGUCUGUAAAUGAGCGCCCGUGAGUUGGUGAACAGGUCUAUACGACCCUUCAGCAGAAGUUUGUGAAGUGACAUCAAUACCAUGCUUCGGGCGGUGCAGUCACGAGUCUAGCGCGUUUCAAAUCAUGUCGGCUGCACGUGGAGACAGGUACAGGUACUUAAGUUGAUAGGCACAGAAUACGUGCCUGACGAUGGGGAACUUGGAACAUAUUGAAGUUGGUAUUUUGCUUACGGCGUCUUUCGAGUCCAUUCUCGUCGAGUAGGACCGGGCUGACCCGUAAUCGCCACGCUUCUCAUCUCUACGUAGUCACGCGGUUAGCAUAAGCAACUGGUCGUUGACUGGUCGGGCCUUUGUGGUACUCCGCUUUGUUAGAAU